AGGGGGAGCCUUAAAGGACUACAUUUCCCAUGAUUUAUUUUGUAUCGUUGUUUUUUAAGUAGACGCUCUUCGCUGGAUCACUGUAUCUCAGGUCAGUAACCGGAACCAUAAUCAUGGGGAAGACUGCUGACUUGACAUCCAAUCAGAAGACGAUCAUCGACACCCUUCACAAGGAGGGUAAGCCCCAAAAGGUCAUCGCUAUAAAGGCAUGCUGCUCACAAAGCGCUGUAUCGAGGCAUAUUCGUGGAAAGAUGACUGGAAGGGAAAAAUGUGGUAGGAAAAGAUGCACAAGUAACAUAGAUGACCGCAGCCUCAAGAAGAUUGUCAUGCAAAGCCAAUAUAAGAACUUGUUAGAGUUUCACAAGGAGUGGAGUGAGGCUGGAGUCAAGGCAUCAAGAGCCACCACGUACAGACGUCUUCAGGAAAUGGGCUACGCUUAUUGCAUUCCCAGUACAGAGGAGUUGAGUGAAAAUAUUGAACUUAAAGUUAAGAACAAAAAGAAAGUAGAAGCAGAUGAAGGAGAGGAAGCUGUACAGGAGAAUGUGAAUCAUCCAGGAGAAGAAGCAGCGGUCAAGGAGGAGAGCAUUGAACUGACUUCGGAACAGCACCUAAGUCAAGAGCUGGACUGGUGUAUUGAGCAGCUUCAACUGCGAAUUAAAGUUCAAAAAUCCUCCGCCAAGCAAAGAAAGGAAGCCUGUCGUGCUCUUAAGACUCUGCGCAGCUCUAAAGCACCGAUGGAGAAGAAGAGGCAAGUGAUGAGAGCCGUGUCUGAAGAUUACUACAAAAAGAUGGCGGAGGAAAAAGAGACACAGGUUUAGUUUGUAUUUGGAACUGAGAUAUUGGACGACUGAGGCUGAGUUUGCAGGACGGAGGACGACUGAGGAUGGGGUGGUGUGGAAGAAUGGCUGCCAAUGUGCUUCAGUAAAUUUGCCAGAGUUAACACAGUCAAUGAACAAUGGCAGCAGUGAAAGUGGGAUUUUGCCAGACAUUUCAAACUGCAUUUUAUGAUGAUGAAAUCUAAAAUAAAAACAAAACAAAAACAAUA